CCUCUCAAAAUUAAUUAAAUAUAUCAGAUGACGGAACACCACGACCACCUCCCGAGUCCCAAUUGAUAGCCGGAGCAGAAGAAGAAGAAGAAGAAGAUGGCUUCCAAAGAAGAAGAGCAAAAUAUCUGCCAAAAAGGAGAAGGAAAAGAGCUCGACGAAGAAGAGAGCGAAGAAGAUGAGGAUGACUUGACUACACAUCAACUCGAAGAUGACGACGAAGAUGAUGACGAAGAAGAAGAUGAGGAGGAGGAGGAGGAGGAAGAAGAAGAAGAAGAAGAAGAAGAAGAAGAAGAAGAAGAGGAAGAAGAAGAAGAGGAUCUCCACUCUCCUUCUCCUCCUUCCACCUCUUCUUCAUCCCAACACAACACAAACAAGGGCACGCCUUCUACCGCCCCUAUUGAAAACCCUACCACCUCCACCUCCGUCCCUGCCCCUGCCCCCGCCCCCACUGCUACCACCAUCACUGGUACCUUUCCGAAUUGCUCCGUCCUCGAAACUCCACCUGUUACCGACACGUCUCCCGACCCCAAGCGUCAACGGACCACCGAAGCCUCCGCUGCAACAAAAGAGAAGAAACCCGCCGUUUUCGAUGACUCUCGCCGUCUGUUCCAGCGAUUGUGGACUGACGAAGACGAGAUCGGCCUCCUACAGGGCUUUCUCGAAUACACGAUACAGCGAGGAAAGCAAAAUUCCUCGCAUCACCAUGACACGGCUCCCUUCUAUGACCAAAUCAAGACUCGAUUACAGCUCGAUUUCAACAAGAACCAGCUCGUCGAGAAACUCAGGAGGUUGAAGAAGAAAUAUAGGAACGUCGUCAGUCGGAUCAGCUCUGGUAAAGAUUUCUCCUUCAAGAGUCCCCACGAUCAGGCUACGUUUGAGAUCUCUCGCAAGAUCUGGAGCGGCGUUGCCGCUAGAAGAGGAGGGGUCGACGAAGGCGGAUUGGAAGAUGAUGAAGGAAACCCUCAUAACAAUAACAACAACCACCACAACAACAAGAACAUCCGCAAUCUUGACGACAAUAGCAAUACUAACAACAAUGGUCUCGAUACUAAUAAUUCUGAGAAGGCGGUCCCGACUCCGAGAUCCCGAAAGCGGUCUCGUAAAAGGGGGCCGGAGGAUAACUUAGCCAACUAUCAAGGAACUUCUUCGGUCCACAAUGUUAUCGAAGAUACGGUGAGGAGUUGCCUCUCACCUCUGUUUAAAGAAUUGCUCUAUUGCGCCAUCAGUGGACCUUCAAACGCUGGAGGAUAUGCUGGUCAGGCGUUGAAUCCGCUUCCUUUGAGUUUUGUGGGUAAUUCCAUUAACAUUUCUAAAGAGGACAUGGUUGAUGAGAAGUGGAGGAAGCAGCAAAUUUUGGAACUGGAGGUUUAUUUGAAGCGGAUUGAGUUGAUACAAGACCAGAUCAAAUCAGUGAUAGAAGAGCUGAAAUCGAUGGGAAGUUGACAGGAGUCUUUCUUGGAUGCGGGCUACCAUUUGUAAGUCUUCGGCAAUCUGCUUAUUUAUUAACUUUCUUGGUCCAUGAUCCUUGUUUAAUAUUGUUGCAAGCUGCGACAGUUUGAAUUUCUUUGUUUAAGCGACGUCCUAGAACAAACAGUUCAAAAAUAACAUUUUUUUCCCGGUGUCUAUGUUCAAUACAUGUUCGUUUCAACUAUGUAGUUUAUGGUUUGAUAAAUAGAGUUGGAGAAAUUGAAGCAGAGGAUUUGGGCUAAAUGUUUAGUUUACAUAGUUCUUUCUUAGCA